AUGGAGCCCGAGCCGCCGGGUGCUUCCGGGCCCGCGGAGCCGGGGCCUCGCGUGCGCGGCGUGCGCGGCGCGGCCCACGCGGCCUCGGCCUCCGUGCUGAGCGGGGCCGAGGCCGAGCCCCAGCGCUGCGCGCUGGCUGUGGCGGCCGUGCUGCCGGCCGGGGGGAGUGGGGAGAGGAUGGGCGUCCCCACCCCGAAGCAGUUCUGCCCCAUCCUGGAGAGGCCGCUCAUCAGCUACACCCUGCAGGCCAUGGAGAGAGUAUGUUGGAUAAAGGACAUUGUCGUGGCAGUAACUCGAGAGAACAUGGAAGCGAUGAGGGGUAUUAUUCAGAGGUACCAGCAUAGACGGAUCUCACUCGUUGAAGCUGGAGUGACCCGCCACAGGUCAAUAUUCAAUGGACUAAAAGCUCUGGCAGAGGAUCAGCCACACUCCAAGCUCUCCAAGCCGGAAGUAGUGAUUAUCCACGAUGCUGUGAGACCUUUUGUUGAGGAAGAUAUUCUUCUUAAAGUGGCCACAGCUGCUAAGGAACAUGGAGCAGCAGGAGCAAUUCAACCUCUUGUAUCCACGGUUAUCAGCCCUUCUGCUGAUGGUUGCUUAGACCACUCACUGGAACGUGCCAGACACAGAGCAAGUGAGAUGCCACAGGCUUUUCUGUAUGAUGUGAUCUAUGCAGCAUAUCAGCAGUGUAGUGACUAUGACCUGGAAUUUGGAACUGAAUGUUUGCAAUUGGCUCUAAAAUACUGUCAUGUUAAAGCCAAGCUUGUGGAAGGAUCACCUGAUCUCUGGAAGGUGACCUACAAACGAGAUUUGUAUGCAGCUGAAUCGAUUAUUAAGGAAAGAAUUUCACAACAGAUUUGCAUAGUUAUGGACGAUGAAGAAGAUGUAGGUCGUCUUCUUGAAGAAACGCUAAAAAAUGAAUUAAAUCAUGUGAAAGUCACAUCUGGGCCUCUGUGUCAUGCUGGAAGACAUCUUCAUCAGAUCAUCCUAGAGCAGUGCUACAGUUUUGUUUGUGUGAAUGUUAUGACCUCUGAAUUUGAAGAAACCCAGAAAUUACUGAAUUUGCUUAAAGAGAGUAAUUUUUCCAUUUUGUAUCCUGUUGUUGUUAUUUCAGUGCAUUUUCUUGAUUAUAAAUCAGUACCUUUUGAUCGGAAAAUGGAAAACCUAAUGCAGAUUAGGGAACUAGCAAAGGAAGUGAAAGAAAGAAAUAUUUUACUAUGUGGCCUUCUCAUAUAUUACCCACAGGACGAGCAGAAGCUCCAGGACAGUUUAAGGCAAGGCGCCUCUCUCAUUGCCACCUUCAUCAGAGAGAGAAAUUCUGCAUUCAUUGGCCAGCUACUGAUAGCAUGAAGAACACAGACCCGUACACACUGAGUUUAUAGAAACAUUUAUCCAAGUAUCUCUGUGCUUCCCUCCCUAUCGUGUGUGGUAGCCUGUUUAAGUUGUCUUUUAUGUCUCAUAAUGUGUAAGAUACGAUACUUGGGUUACAAAAGUGGAUCAAUGUCUGUAUCUGUGAAAUAAAACUUUAGUGUUGUGCAUGUCAAAUAUAACUUGCCUAAACCAGAAAAGAAUAGAUAAGUGAAAAACUAUAGUCUUUUUACAAAAGCAUGAAAGAUCAAACAGAAAUAAUGAUGGAUGAACUAAUCCUCCGAGGAAUAAUUUAGAAAUCUUGAACUAUUAUCUCUGUGUUAAUUAGUAAAUCUCACUGUAAUGAAACUAAUGGAUAGAUUCAGAAUUAUUCUUAAUUCUAAAAUUGUCCUCUCACCAUGAGAUAUUGACUUGUGUUCUAACUUUCAGGCCUUAAAAAAAUAAUAAAACAGGAGAUUGUAGGAAUUCUGGUUUAAAUAUCUUCACUACUGGCCCUCACAUCAUUCAAGAUCCCUGAAGGAGACAUAAUUUACUCCUUGGUUUAUGGAAUAUAACAUUUACUCAAUUUACAAGGUCUCUGAUUUUUCUGAAUAACUUUAAAAGAAGACUGGAAAGCUUCAUAAAAGUGAAGUUAUUUUGGUCAAUCCCAGGCUAGUCUUCUAAAAGACAGGGAGUCAUUGCAUGUCCAAGAAUUUAAUUACUUUUGAUACAGAUACUGUUUUUUAAAUCAAUUUUUAUUCUUGCAAU